UCACACAGCUGGAACCCAUCUCCAGAAACAAAGAGCUGGAAGCUAUCUUCAGUUGGAGGGACUCUUCCAGAUUUUUACCCACAGGUGAUCCUGGUGACUGAGAUGUCCUCCUCUCUGAAGGUCCUAGGUCCUCUCUUGCUCCUGCUGUUGCCCUUUUGUGGGCUCCAGGUACACAGCCAGAACCUUUCCUGGAAGGAAUUCAUGAAACAGCACCACCUGAGCACAAGCUGGGAACUCACUGAGUACAGAUGCAAUGACCUCAUGAAAGGAAGAGAAGUUCCAAAAGAUAGGAACUAUCACAUCUUCAUCUAUACCUUCUGGCACAAAAUCGAGCAUGUAUGCAUCCGGAACUGGAGAGAUCACUACAGAAAUGUAUAUAUAUGGGCCCAAUAUCCCUUUAAAGUAAUCAAAUGUUACUGGAGGAAUAACAAAAAGGGCUACAAAGAGCACAGGAGUUACAGCUACAUUGAAUUCCAUUGUGGCAUGAAUGGGUUUGUUGAUAGCAUAGAGGACAUUCGGUUGUUAGAGGUCAUCAGUAACCUCUAAACACACCCUUGGUUUUAGUAGAGUGAUGAGUGUUUCCCAAAUGGUGGGCCCUGCCCACAUCAAUAGCCCUUGCUAAUCAUUACUUUGCAUUUAUGUGCCUCUGUUUUCCAACUACUUAGAGUUAUGUAUCACAUGAUUUCUUGAUAUCAUAACUUUACCUAUUUAGUUCUCUGCCUGGAAUACCCUCUGUUGUCAUUUACCUGCUCUACUGUUAUAUAUAUAUAUAACAGCAUAUAUAUAUAUAUAUAUAUAUAUAUAUAUAUAUAUAUAUAUAUAUAUAUAUUGUAUGCGAUUCAGCUCACAUGACAUCUCUUUUUCACUAAUCUAGAAAUUUUCCUGAUAUCGAUUUAUUAUACCUACCCAAGCUGAAUGAUCCUCCCUUCACACUAAAUUAUAUCACUCCAAUAUGUGUGACAUUUAUAUAUGUUAUAUGUGCAGAGUAUGUGUGGUGAUUGGUAUAAGUAUUAGAUAUUAAAUAUACUUGGAUGAAAUGUGUGCUGUG